UUUUUACAUACGAAUUAAUAACUUAUUUUUGUUUAAUAAAUUAUUUAUUAAAAUGGAUGAAGUUAAACUAAUAAGUGAUGAUGUAUUUGAACAAAUAAAAGAUUUUAAUCCUUUUCGUUUGACUGAAGAACAAAGAUCAUUAGUUAAUAAACUAAUAACAGACGAAGAAUUAAAAGAAAAUUAUGCAGAAAAUGGUUUAUGUAGAAAUUGUAAGCAACCUAAGAGAAUUUUUUAUCAGUGUAGUUAUUGUAUGUUUCAACAAAAUUUCAAAAAUUGGACAAGUGGAAAUCAUGAAAUUGAUGAAUUUAUUAAAAAAGCACAAUUAAAAGCUGAUAUUAUGGAACUAAUCGUAGAGUGGAUUGAAUAUGAUAAAUUUGAAAAUGUUGAAUAUUUAGCAAAAGGAGGAUUUGGUAUUACUUUUAAAGCAGUUUGGAAAGAUGGUCCUAUAUGUAAUUGUAAUAAUAAUCAAUGGGAAAGAGAAGGUGAAACAAAAGUUGCUUUAAAAUGUUUAUAUAAUUCACAAGGAAUUACAACAGAUUUUUUAAAAGAAGUUGAAUCAAAUAUUUUAGUAUAUUGGUCUGGUUAUACAGUUCGUUGUUUUGGUAUACCAAAUAUCCAAAAACAAAUAAUUUCAUGAUGGUGAUGGAAUUAAAAGAUAGUAGUUUAAGACAACAUUUAAAUAAUAACUUUAUUUCAAUGAAUUGGGAG